UAAAUCUCUGACGUAACUUUACUGACAAAUUAUAGACUGCGCACUGCGUUCGGUUGGCAACAGCCAACCAAAUAACAUCGAACAAUGUCAAAUUUGACAACUGAACACAGAAAUUUUUUAAUUCCUUCCAUUAUUUUCCGUCUCAUUUUAUAAAGGAUGUAUAUCCAUUUGUAUGAUUAUCAUUAUCGCUGUUUCUCGUGUGUCAUAACAGUGAUAAUAGUCAAUAACUCCGGAAUAAUUUCUUAACGAUGCAUCGACAUAACCUCAUCAACAAUUGUCAAACUAUAAAGGGAGCGAAAAUUUACGAAAAAAUUCGUAUGUGUCGCAAAUAGAGACGAUUGGAAAAGUUUCUUUCUCAUCGAUGCCCAUAUGGAUGUGCAAACGGAUAUCAAUUCACUGCGACCGCAAAUGGCAUUACGAAAUGUGAACUCUGGCAACAUAUUCAAUACACCUUUGACAUCAUUCGCAGAGAUGUGGUAUCAAAUAUUUCUAUGGGCCCUAUUCUCUUCAAUAUUUGUGCACACAAUCGCUGGCGCGAUUUGUUUUGCUACUUUGCGACAGCACAAAUACGGCAAAUUUUUUCCGCUGCUUAUCAUAAUAAUGGGUGUAUUGCUACCAUUGACAUCGGGUGUUGUUAGUUCGGCGGCAGUUGCAUUUGUGUACAGAGCGUCCGGUUAUCAAAUGCCUCCUUUGUAUGCAUUGUUUUGGGGUAUUGGACAGACCGUGGUUCCAGUAUGUGUUGGAUUCACACGAAUCUUAGCGACUUUGUAACCCAAUGUUACAAGAACUACAUUUGUGAUAUUUAUCUGUAUAUACAAGAACGAUGAUCAAGUGUCUUCUAAGUUAUAUAUAUAUACAAAAUUAUGUACAUACAUAUGUAUAGGUAAGUUUAUCAAUGUAUAUCUAGUUACCUUCGCAUCCAUUAUCGAACUGAUUGUAAAAAAUGAUAAAAAAUGAAGUUUUAUUGAAAGAUAAAUAUUAGGAGGAUUUUGUAAUGAAAAACAAAUGCAUUUAUCGUCCAUCAUAGUGAAAGCGUCAUGGUAUCAAUAAAUUAGUUCUCAU